AUGAACCCGGCAAUGCACGCGGUAGCUGCCGUUGCUGUUGAACCGCACGGAUUUUGGGCCAAACACAUCCUCGGAAAUGUACCUUACCAUAUCGUUGCUGGAACACGACGAUCUGUACGCCAGCAAGAUCGGACUUCAGCCUUACUCGGUACUAUGAGCACUGCAAGACUCCUUACACCGCUCAGGCCCCUAACGCCGUCCGUCUUGCCUGCGUGUGGAGACGGCCGCGAUGCCGAUCAAGUCCAAACGGGUGCAACUAAUUACGAGGUAGCCUACUUGGUAACAUGCUGUAGUGGCGCCCUUUUAGCGCAGACCCAUGCCGCCGUCUUGAUGGAGACAAACAACGACGCGGCGCCAACGGGCACUCAGACCAAGGCUAGUAAAGGGUGCGGGAAGCCUGACAGCCAGUUGACAAGUUGA